AAUCGAGGUCAGAGGCUGAACGAGGGAGCACACAUCAACAGAUCGCUGCUGGCAUUGGCAAAUUGCAUCAAUGCCUUGGCGAAAGGUGACGCCAAAUAUGUCAACUUCAGGGACUCAAAAUUGACAAGGCUGUUGAAAGACGCCCUGUCGGGGAAUUGCAAAACCGUCAUGAUCGCGCACAUAGCGCCAUCUGCUGUCCAGCGAGAAGAAUCCUUCAACACACUGGUUUAUGCUGACAGAGCCAAAAAUAUAAGCAACAAGCUGAAGAAGAAUGUGGUUGACGUGAAAUACCAUGUGACUCAGUAUCAGGAAAUCAUCAACGAUCUCAAGGGAGAAAUACAAAGGUUGAAGACGAAAAUAGACGACGAAGGGGACGAAUUGGUUGGACUCAAAGGUAGCAAAUCCAAUCCCAUCGGAGGACCACAAAAGAAACUCAGUCCCGAAGAAGAAGCCAGACGCAAGGCAGAACAAGAGGCUCUUGCUAGGCUCAAAGCUUUGCAAGAUGACCUGGUUCAAACCUUCAAAAAGCAAAUGGAUCUCAAAGUAUAUGAGUUGAUUGUUAUUUUGCUUGCGAAUCCCACCAUCAGGCACGAAUUGUUGGACGUGGAAAACAGUAUGUUGGCUCUGGCGAUGGAAUACGAGCGACAAGAACUGGUUGUCAAAGAAUACGAAGCUGAUCAAGCACUUCGAGGCAGAAAACCAAAAAAAUUAUUGGCGAAACUCGACAAACUUCGGGAAAACUGCGGACAGAAUUCCCCUGCCCCGGAUGAUCUCAUGGAUGAACCAGAACCAGAUGAAGAUGAUGAUCCUGAGGACGUGGCUCAAGCCAUGGAUGAGCUCACUUUUAUUAUUCGGGAACAAACCCGUUAUGACGACAUGAAAGCCGACAUUGAAAAACAGCUGGACGAAUGUCGACACAAAGCCAAAGUUUUAGAAGAGGAAUUACCGCAGCAAAUAAACACCCAGGAGCAACGAGAAGUUUACAUGUUGUUGCUGAGGGUUCAUGAAUUGGAAAUUGAAAGAACUGAGCUGCAGAGAGACGCUUUGUUGAGAGAACAUCAGCUGAGAAGAAGGGAUUUGCUGCUGGUGAGACACGAGAUGCAGCGGAAUUUGUGCGACCAAAUCAUCACUCGCCAACGACAAUUGAUCAGCGAUAAUGGAGGUGCUGUGCCAGAGGAUCUGGAAAAACUUUAUGAGGUGUACGUUCAGGAACUCCAAUUACCGAAUCGGGAACAAGAGCGAAGACUCAGCGGAGAACUAAAUCUCUUCAGGUAUGAAGGCUCUGGACCCGCAACAAGGAUGACUUCAUCAAAAUCAAGGGUAUCUUCAGACGGAAAACUGCCAAGUUUACAAAAUCAACAAAACACUCUCUUCAUCAAACGACAAGCGCUGAUGACUGCGAAUCGGCGGCCAAACAGCGACAUGUCCAUCAAAAGCUUUUUGAGUGCUGAUGGCCUUGGUAGAGGAAGCGGAGUGAGUUCCGUGCCGUCAUUGCCACCAAUCAAUGGAUCAGCAGUUGCUGCUGGACGCAGAUUAAUUGAUGACCAGCAAUCAGGACCUAAUUAUGACGCCAUGAAACGAGCGAGAAGCUUUGAUGCCAGGAUCAGCAACAACGGAAGGCAGUACCAGUAUGGCAACCCUGGUCUACUGGCAGGAAACCAUAAGCAGCAGCUCCGACAACCAGGUGGCGCUAAA